GAACUAUUCAGUAUUCAGUUUUCUGCUAUGCACAAUCGUGGUGUUAUUCGAUGCGGUUAUGUUAAUUACGAUUUAGUUGAAAGAGUUUUAUUACUUAUUUGUUAUGAUAAUUAAAAGAUAAAGUGAAGAUGAGUUCGUGUGAUGCGUUAGUGAAGUGCCGGCUGUGGUGCGAUGCAUUAGCUGCUAUUCCGAUAAACUUUGAAAGUUAAAUAGUUUUCAAUGUUUUACUGCGUGCUUUUCGUGCAAUAGAAGCUGCUAACAUGGGGAACUUUCGAUGUUGUUAUAAGUUGGUGUUGUGGGUGGCAAUUGCGUAUCUGAUGGCCUUCCCUCCUCUCACAGAGACAAGGAUGGAAGAAAGUAUGGAGCCCCACCCAACAUCAACGGAAAAGCCGGAAACGGAGGCACCACGCAUCGAGCUGAAAAUGGGCAAAUGCUUCCACAUGUCCCGGGAGCAUUGCCCCACGGAACAGCGGUGCAAACGAGUGGACCCUGUGUCAGUCUUCUGUUGUGACGUAGACAGCUUCCGACUAAGAGAGGCUCUUGCUAUCACAAUGACCCAGAACACGACAAAUCUGCACGUGCUGAACGCGACGAUAAAGGAGCUGGAUGUGUCACAAUCCACAUUUAGAAGACUCACUUCGAUGUCACUCACUGACGGAAAUAUCGGCAAAAUAGUUGGUCAAUUCCCUAAGUACUCCUCGAUUGCAUGCCUGAAUAUCUCCAACAAUAACCUGAGCAGCAUCACGCCGCAGCCACCAGGCCAGCGACCUUUCGCCUAUCUUUUCACACUGUCCAUACUCGACGCUUCCGCUAACAAUCUGACAGAGUUCCCGUUGAGCCUCGUACAGAGUAAUAGGAAGAUACAUGUCGACCUCUCGGGCAACAACUACCUGCCGUGCAAGCACUUCCAGAAGACAAUGGAGGCUAACAACGGCUCUCUUCUACAGUUCCUUAACCACGAGAACACGUACUGUGCCCUCGACCUACAAUUCAACUGGUUCCAGAACGUGCAGAUCGUUCAGAUUGAUCACUUGCAAGUUCAGAAAGAUUUAAACAAGAGCUGCCAAGACAUAAAGCCAGCAAACAUAAACUGCACGUGCACGACAUCGCUUGAGCUGGUGGUCCACCGUGAGGCCACUUACGUAGUGGCUGUGGACUGCUCCCAGCGCGGUCUCACGCAGCUGCCCACCGGUCUACCCAAUAACACUGUUAAGCUGAAUGUUUCUUACAACAAGAUAACGUCUCUCCAAGAGAUAGCGGACGACACAUCCUACGAUCACUUGCAAUGGUUGAUAGCAGACCACAACGACAUUGGCAGCAUUGUGGAGCUCGAGGGAUCCAAAUUCAUCGACAACUUCAGGCUCUUCUCCAUCACUCAUAACACACUCAGAUCUAUUCACCCUUACGUGCUUUCGAAUCGCCUGGAGACAGCCGGCGCCACCAUGCUCAUCGCUGAAAACCACAUUCACUGCGACUGCAACACCGAGAAAGUUGUCAAGCCCUGGCUUCUCGAACAUAACACGGCGUUACUGGACUACAAAGACCUCUGGUGCGACAACAACAUGGGUCCGGUCGUGGAUUUGAAAGAGUUUCAGGUCUGCCACACUCCGCGUGAUUGGACGGACUACAUCUACUACAUCAUAGGGCUAGAGGCCCUGGUGUUAGCGCUUCUGAUUAGCAAGGUCUCUUACGACUACUGGGUGUUUAAGACCGCGGGAUACUUGCCGUGGCCAGCCAACAAAAUGCCAAGGUUGCCGUGCGAUUGGCUUUGCGAAUGAGACUUUCAGUGACGCCAAAACUAGUCUGAGAUUUGUGUCCGUGGUUUAAUAAUAUUAGAUCCCGUCUACUUUCGGUCAGUAUAGCUCGAUUCGUAAAAUUCUUUUUGUAGUGAAUUAAUAAUCUUGUAUACAACACACAGAUAGUUAGGAAAAAAUCAAUCGUCAGUCAGGCACACACACAAAACUAUUUUUGUAGUAAUAUUUCUCUUGCUAUGCAAAACGUAUCGCAGCUGCUUGGUUAUAUUUUCCCGGAAAUAUUUCCUUAACUGUGGUGAAACCCUUUGAAUGAGUGUGAUCGUUUCACGAGUCUAAUAACAAUUGUGGACUAUAUGCAUUUGAAAACUCAUUUCUCAAGCUAAUUUAGAAGAAACAUUAAUAGAAGUGUCUUAAAAAUAGUUAUUUUAAUAUAUUAAAAAUCAGCAAAAAAAAUACAACGAAUGUAGUACAUUUUAAACCAAACAUUUUUCGAAUUUUUUGAAGAAUUUUGACUUUAUUGAAACGCGCUUUUGGAUUACCUUGCCAUAUUCGAUAUAUAUUCGGAGAAUCUCGAUUGUUUUUAAAUCUAACAAAAUAUGUUUUUUGAAUUAUUUUUGAACUAAAGAUUAUAUAAUGAUGUUUUUUGUUUAAAAUUUCUUCUUUGUGCGAGGCACAUUACACGUAUUAUAGAAGUUAUCUCAAUCAUAAUAUUUUAUAGUACAUGUUAGUUGACUGUAAUCAGUUUUUUAAGGAAACCAAUAAACAUAGAUAAUAGAUCAAUCCAAUGGCAUAGUCUACACUCUAUUUAUGUAAAAGCUUUCACUGAGAUAGUGGAUGUGGUAAAUUUUAAUUGUGCUUUAUGAGGCUAGAUUAUAUUUGUACAUUUUCCAUCCAUAAAUAGCACUUUAACAAGUAUUUGUAUUACACACUAAGUCAACGAAGUACUAUUAGAAACUGGCAAUAUUUUAACUGUCAAAACGAAUUUACAGCCAAUAUACAAUAACAAUAGAUAUUUUGAUUUUUCUGUGCCAUUUGGCUUUUUGUUAUAUUUUGUACAUAUAGAUGUAAAAUAUUAGCAUAAUAUUUUAUUUUUAUUAGCUUUUAUGUAUAUAUUAGACGU